UUGGAUAUUUUCAAGUGAGGCAAAGACUAACAAGAUCACGGCUUUGUGAAGAAGGGUACCUCUAUGACAGUUACUUUGACUUCUAGUUUUAGGCUUCUAGCAUUGUUCUUCUGAUCAACCCGAAAUUGAAAAGUUCUGCAAAAUCGAAACUUUUGAUUCGAUUGACGUGGUAACAAAAAAAAAUCGAAACUUUGUAAUUGUUUCAGAAUGAGUUUGUCGCUGCGACAGUGGUUUGCUACAGUACUCGUGCUUACACAGCUCAUCCACGGAGCUUUUUGUUGGGGCAAAGAAGGUCAUUACGCCGUUUGCAAAAUCGCCGAGAGCUACUUUGAGGAAGAAACUGCAGCUGCAGUGAAGAAACUUCUGCCUGGAUAUGCUGAAGGUGAUCUAGCAUCUGUUUGCUCAUGGCCUGAUGAGAUUAAACACCAUUGGCAAUGGAGAUGGACUAGCCCUUUGCACUAUGUUGACACACCUGAUUACAGAUGCAACUACGAGUAUUGUCGGGAUUGCCACGAUACUCAUAAGCAUCAAGACCGGUGUGUGACAGCAGCGAUUUUCAAUUACACUAUGCAACUUAUGUCGGCUUCUGAAAACUCGCAUACUGUCUUCAACUACAACUUGACUGAGGCUCUCAUGUUCUUAUCACAUUAUAUUGGAGACGUUCACCAGCCUUUGCAUGUUGGUUUUCUGGGAGAUGAAGGUGGAAACACGAUUACAGUCCGCUGGUAUCGUCGCAAAACAAAUUUACACCAUGUCUGGGAUAACAUGAUAAUUGAGUCUGCUCUUAAAACAUACUACAAUAAAAGUCUUACACUCUUUAUUCAAGCACUUCAGACCAAUCUUACGCACGGCUGGUCAAAUGAUGUUCCAUCGUGGGAGUCAUGUCAACUUAACAAAACGGCCUGUCCAAAUCCGUAUGCAUCUGAAAGCAUAAAUCUGGCCUGCAAGUAUGCUUACAGGAACGCUACACCCGGGACUACGUUAGGAGAUGACUAUUUCCUCUCUCGUUUACCCGUUGUGGAGAAAAGACUUGCACAAGGUGGGAUUCGCUUGGCGGCCACUCUUAACCGUAUAUUUUCUUCAAAACCAAAGGUUGCUGGUUCGUGAAACUGAGAACAAGAUCCCCAAGUAACAUUUGCAGUUACUCUAUUAGCUCCUUAGCUCAUGUAAAGUUAGUUAAGUUUAUGCAAUGCUUUACUUAAACCAAAACUGUCCGAUGUGUAUCAGCUUCAGGCACUUGAAACUGGAAAAGGAUAGAUCUUGGGAAAGUUAUCACAAGCUGGUUUUAAUUAACAUGUGUAUGAUAAUCAUUGACUAGUAUUAAACUAUUCAUCUCCUAAAUCCAUCAUUAUUACUUCUUUA